AUGAAUAGUUUGAAUGCUUUUCAACAAGAUGAUGUGGUACAAAAGCAAGAUUUUCAAUAUAAAAAACGAACUGAAAAUGGAAUGUUGCUCGAGAUCCACCACACCGUGGUCGGCGAAACGGGCGACAUCCGAAGAAUCAAAUUCUUCCUGGUCGCCUUCGACUACGACGAGGAGCGGUUGGCCGCCUGCGACCGCAAAGGAAACAUCUUCGUGAUCGAUUUGAAGGCGAGUCAAUUGUGGACGCUGCCGACGACGGGCAAGGUGACGGCCCUUGCCUACGCCUGCCAUGUGAAGAAUUUGAUUUUGACCGCCUCCAAAGAUGGACUCAUUCAUGUUAGAGAUAUAGAUAAUGGUUCGGUGAUUGAAGUAAUGGAGGGCCAUAAGGAUAAGGUGAUGAGUUUCAGUUUCGAUAUGGAAUAUUUUUGCUUAUCAGCUUCCACGUCCGAAGCGUUUGUAUGGGAUUUGCAAACUUAUGGAAUUGUUCACAAAGUAAACCUGAAAUCGAACGCCAAUAUUGUACAAGCUAUGUUUAUACCUAUCCGGCACGAUUUAGUAGCUCUAUUCUCAGACGAUGUCCUCCACGUCUGGAACCAUGAUACUUUUGAACCACGCAAAAAAAUUACAUCGUUCAGCACAAAAUUCGCAAAUGCAAAUUCUUUAGCCAGUUCCAAAGAUGGUAGAACACUUAUAAUCAGUGGAGCCGGUGAUUACAUAGCCCUUUACGAUACCGAAACGUGGCAACCACUGAAACAAAUUUGUUUGAACAAUGUAGAAAUCGUCCAGAUAAUGUUUAUACCCCAAACGUUCGAUUUGGGGGCUAGUAAAAUCUUGGCAGUGUUAACUAGUGAUUCUACCCUCCAUGUGGUAAAUACUGAAAGCAGUAUGUUGCUGCAGAAGGUCUCGACUAAGGAUGCAGUAAAAUUUUUGUGUUCGGAAAAUGGCAAGUAUCUAUGCUGCUUGUCCAGGAUGGGUGAAGUGCAUGUUUAUAAUGUGAAGCAGAUGUUUGGGAAAUAUAAAGGCGAACCAAUAAGUUUGCCCAGUGAGAAUAGUUUGAAAUUUGUGAGAAGUUGUGAGAGUUUCAGAAGACUUGAAAAUCAGGGUGAUGAUAAUGGUGUUUCUGCAAUGGCUAGCAGGAAGGCGAACAGGUUGCGGCUAAUACAGGACGAGCUCAAGAAGACUUUAAGCAUCAAGAAACUCAGACCGAUUCUUCUCCAAUACCAGGAGUAUCCUGACAAGCACAGAAAUCUAAUCUGGCGUUUUCUUCUUAAACUUCCAAACAACUUUACAGUUUAUAAAUCUUUGGCAGAUCGUGGCCUGCACAACAGUUUCAAAAACUUGGAACAAACCCAUCCGAUGAAAAGUGUACGUACCAUGAGAAACAUGAAAACUGUCUUAUCUAUAUUGGCACAUUGGUGUCCAUUGUUUGCUCAAGUCGAAUAUUUACCAUCGUUGAUAUUUCCUUUUGUCAAGAUUUUCGAGAAUAAUUCCUUGGUAACGUUUGAAGCUAUAUACACAAUUUUGGUGAACUACUGCCAAUUUUGGUUUGAGUACCAUCCUUUGCCUCCGGCCAAUAUUUUAUUGAUUGUUGAGAACGUUAUAGGAGAGCAUUGUGAAAUGUUGAUAAAUUACUACGAUGAUUUACAAAUAACGCCACAGGAAUAUGCUUGGCCUAUUUUGAGUACUGGUUUUUCUGAAAUUUUGGAUACGAAUCAGUGGUGCAGUCUUUGGGACAACAUUUUGACCAACGAUACUUGUUUUUUACUCUUGGCAGUCGCUGCUUACAAUAUAGUCCAGAAAAACGUUAUCGUACAACACAAAACCAAACAGGAUUGUUGUGAUUUCUUUCGCACCCAGAACCAUUUUGACAUGUCCUUGUUUAUCAAACUUAUAUACGAAUUGGAUAAGAGCACAUCGGAUGAUAAUCAUCCAAAGUAUUUUUUAAAAGACUUUGAAUCUUUACCAAAUGAUACAUAUACAGUGUUCACGGGGUAUCCUAAAGGCAUAGUUGAAUAUCAGAUGGAUAAUUUGGACAGGAUUGAACGUGAGGAGCAGGAAAUUCUGAGGCAGGAGAUGGAGGCUUUGGAGAAAAUCAAAUGCCAGCAGGACAGGAUCAGGGAUGGAAUCAGCAAGGAGGAGCAUGCUAAAAGACUAGAAGCACUUGGAUACAAAUGCAAACGACUAAUCGAAGAACAGGAAAAACGUUUAUCCGAAAGGAGAUUUGGUAUCUUGGAUAUUCAGAAGGAUUUAGAAGUCAGCGAAAGGAUAUUGCACACUGAUGCUCGAACCAGGCUGCUUACUGAAGAGGCCAAUCGCAGAGCAUUUGAGAAGUGGAAGCAGGCACAGACAUCAGAGAAUAAGAAAACUGGUAGAGUCACCGAACACACAAUGAUGGAGGAUCUGCAUGUACGUUACAACCGAUUGCUGGACAGGCAGCUAGAGCUGGAGGCAAAAAUGGAAAGAAAUCCAAGACAUGAUGUUUGUAAUAGAUUAAGGAAGACAUCUGAUUUUAUUAAUAGUUUGCCAAAUAAGGAACGUAGUAAGACGGUUUGCUUUAAUCCGCAAUCCAGUAGAGAUUGGUAUUUAUAAAAUAAUAGAGGGUGUUCUAGUCUACAAUUGCUAGGAAAUGGAUUUGUUUUUGGGAUAUUUUUAAUGUUUAACUGUUC